GCGCGAUAUAUGUAUAUGUGGAUUGAUCGAUUAGUUGUUAAUUUGUUUCUUUAUUUUUAUCAAUUGUCAUUUUUCGAUUGUAAGUGAUCCUUACUCUAGUUUGUUAUUUGAUUGAAAAUGCCGUUUGCGGAAACCGUCAAUGGUCACGACAACUUCCCGGCUGUCAAACGGCUGACUAACGAUGUACUGCAAACAAACGUAAAGGAUGCACAACAUACGUACACCUUCGAAAUAUUACAGGAAUCAGCACAAUAUUUAUUGAAUCGCAUCAAGAUUAGACCGAAAAUAGGAAUUAUAUGCGGUUCGGGAAUGGGUUCGAUCGCGGAAUCCCUCGUGGACAAGCAAUGCUUCCCCUAUGAAGAAAUCCCACAUUUUCCGAUAUCUACGGUAAAAGGACAUACUGGUCAGAUGGUCUUUGGUUAUCUUCAAGGUGUACCAGUCAUGUGCAUGCAAGGCAGAUUUCAUUAUUACGAAGGUUAUCCACUUUGGAAGUGUGCCAUGCCAGUAAGAGUGAUGAAGCUGGUGGGUGUGACACAUUUAAUUGCUACGAACGCGGCCGGCGGUCUAAAUCCCACCUACAAAGUAGGUGAUAUUAUGAUAGUAAAGGAUCAUGUGAAUAUGAUGGGUUUUGCCGGCAACAAUCCGCUUCAAGGACCAAAUGAUGAUAGGUUUGGGCCUCGAUUUCCACCUAUGAAUAAAGCUUAUAACGCCACGCUGAUGGAGAUCGGUAGACAAGUAGCUGAAGAGAUGGGUAUUGGCGAUAUUGUACAUAAGGGGGUUUACACGUGUUUGGGUGGACCUAAUUUCGAGACAGUGGCAGAGUUGAAGAUGUUACGAAUGAUCGGUGUCGACGCGGUUGGCAUGUCCACGGUUCAUGAGGUGAUCACCGCCCGGCAUUGCGAUCUCACCGUGUUCACGUUCAGUUUAAUUACUAACCAAUGUGUUACCGAUUAUGAAGAUCACUACGAAGCAAAUCAUGAGGAAGUGAUGGACGUUGGCAAAGCGCGACAGCCGAUUCUUCAAGAAUUUAUGUCCAAAAUUGUGAUACGUCUCAGGGAUAUUCUGCAAUUGACGACAAAAUAAUUCAUUUUAUAUACUGAGCAGAAUAAUUCAUUUUACUGCACCUCGAAUUGUUGAAUUAUUCGUUUUAAUUUUUAUAUUUAACUCUUAAUAUACAUCUCUUAAUACAUAUCUCUGAGUCAUUCGUGUUCUGCGCAUUUCUUUUCUUUGAAAUAUGUACUAAGAGCACCUGGUAAAAUAUAUCGGUCUCUUUUCUAUUACUAAAAAAAAUUUGGCAUCUGAAGAACAAGUUUUGUGCGUUGCCAGCCUCAAUUCGUGCGCAUCCUUUAAUUGGCAUAAUUCCGAAGUUCACUUUUGGAUUACAAAUAAUCCAACGUGUAUACAGAGUGCACAUUUUUUGUAACUAAAAAAAUUGUUUUUUUUAUUUUUAAUUAAUUCUUGGUUGUAUUGUGAAAAUAUUUUGCGAAUUAUUAAAAAAAGAAUUUAACAACAUUAGAAUAACAUAUUAGCCCUUA